AUGGUCCCUAUUUUGAUCAUCUUCAUCUGUGCAAGCCUCGGGAUGAAUAAUGAAGAACGAAGGCUCGAACUCGAGCGAAAGAAGCAGAAGCUGGCCGAAAUGAGGGAGUCGAAAAGACGGCUAGAUGAGGAAAGGCGAAGGUCGAUGCUGCCACAAAAUCUUCAACAAAAUGGGAAUGGAUCAGCCGGUGAAAGGUCAACCCUAUCGAGUCAGGAACUAGCAGAGAUAUUGGCUGAUGUCGGAAUUCCCAGUGAGCCCAACUCGUCAAUCAAAAAUGCUUCCACGGAAGCAAAACCACAGGAGAAUGGUGUUCCACAAAGCCAUCUCUCACAAACCGUCACUUCAUCGAUGUCUCGUGUUGUCAAUUUGGAGCUCACCGAGCCGAGGAGCAUCAUCAUUCCACAAAAAGACACGACAAUCUAUUGCAAGACAACUCAAACGGAUGACGAAAGAGUAUCGGUUUGCGAGUUUUCAAUGGGGAGUCAAGAGUUUGCUUGGGAAGGAGAAGAGGAUAUGGGCCAUUCACAUAAGCCAUACAUAGAUGACAUGUCUCCAACUGAUGAAAUCGAGCGGUGCUUGCCGGGGUUCAAGUUCAAACGUGGAACAUCACAUGAAGCUGAGAAGAAAGAAGUUGAAGAAGAGAAGCCAAAGCUUCCCGAUUACUCUGAACAGGAAAAGCAACAGAUUAUGAAGACCAUUGGGUUCUUGGCAUUCUUUGAUCAAGGCACAAGAAUGUUGGAACGCGCUUUGUCGGAAAAGAGAGAUUUCGAUCAAAAUCUUGCGAAUGAUCACUCUAUGCUCUACCAAACAAAAGAAGAAAAAUUAGAGUUUUCCCGUAGUUUUCAAGAUACGAAAUGGACCAAUGGGCGUGAAGUAUUGGCUAUUACAUUUUCCGAGAGAAAUCCGGAGCUUUUUGCUGUUGGAUAUGGCGUCAAUGCGGAUAAGCCAGGCGAUCCAACAGGAGUUGUAGCAGUUUUCAAUACAAAAUUCAAGAAGGAAUCAUCAGACUACCUAUUCCAUACACCUACUCGGAUCACAUCUGUCGCUUUUGCUCAUUUUCACGCCAAUCUCAUUCUGGCCGGCUGCUACACUGGGCAAAUAUGCAUGUGGGACAACCGUGUAGUGAAUAAACGGACCCCAAUCAAUCGAUCCCAGCUAUCGACGAACACGCAUACACAACCAAUUUUUGCUCUUCAAGUUGUUGGCAGCCACAAUGCACAUAAUUUGGUUUCUAUUUCAAGCGAUGGAAAAAUGUGCAGUUGGAAUGUGGAUAAUCUGGCUCAACCCGUUGAAACCAAAAAUUUGCAGGCGAAGAACGGAAGCAAGGCGAUUCACGUAGUUUCAAUGUCAUUUCCCCAAAAUGAAUUCAACACAUUUGUUGCUGGAGCCGAAGAUGGCCAGAUCUACCUUGUGAGUCGUCAUGGAACAACCACAAAUCAAGAUAUUGAGCAACAAGUGUUUGAAGGCCAUUCUGCUCCAAUCUCUUCUGUCGCUUUCCAUCGAGCUCCUGGUAAUGGACAGUACGACUUUUCGCAUUUGUUCCUCUCCGCUUCUUGUGAUUGGAGCAUCAAAUUAUGGAGCAUCAAGGAUCCACUGUUGCGCUAUUCUUUUGAAACACAUUCGGAAUAUGUUUAUGAUGCACAGUGGUCACCCACACACCCUGCUGUUUUUGCUACUGUUGAUGCUGAUGGAACUUUAUGUUUGUGGAAUCUUAAUGAGGACAUUGAAGAACCCAUUACACGACUCUCGCUUGAGAACGAAGGAAAUGCAUCACAAGGAAGGAAAUUGGCGUUUUCACCAAAUGGACAAUACAUUGUAACGGGUGAUGGUGUCGGAAAUGUGCACAUGUUUGAGCUCCAUGAAAGCUUCUACAACAACGUUAAAAGCGAUGAAUGGAACAAACUUGCGAAUGUUCUGGCCGACAUGAAAGCCAGCCGCGAGGAAGCCGAAGAGUUGAACGAAACGAUGAAAUUAGAGAAUGGUUCACAAGCUUCAAGCGGAUCGGUUAGCCGACUCAAUUGGGAUCGCCUU